AAUCCCCGGGCGGGCGCGGGCAGUGCCACCGGAGGCCCGGCGGUUUCAGAGCUUCGCCCGGGACGACGAACCGCAGACGACCUGUACGCAAAACUCGGCCGUGCGUUAUCUGGAGGCUACGCUGUCCUCCGUAAGUGUCAUUAAAAUAUAAGCGAGGAAGAUAGCAAAAAAAAAAAAUACAAAGGUUCGAGAGGUCUUUCGCAAGACGAAAAAAAUUGGAAAACGAAGAGACUUGACUCCUUUCUCUCGCGUCGAGUAUUAACAACGGCAACGUAUCGUUUACGCGACGUAACAUAAUAUGUGAUACUGUGUCUUCGCAAAGGUGCCAAUCGGAUAAGAUAGACACUUUCACGAGUUGGGAAAAUAAAGAGAAAAAGAAUAUUGCGAGAAGGUGUCGCUGUCGGUGGAGCUGUGCAGUGGAAAGAGAAAGAGGAGGAAGAAAGACAUGAACAACGUCUGGUAGCGACACCGACUGCGGAGGACGAACGUGGUUGAGAUGACGAAGGAUUAGGAGAAACUGAGAGAAAGAGAGAGAGAGAGAGCAAGAGAGAGAGAGAGAGAGAGAGAGAGAGAGAGAAAGAGGCAUUGAACGCGCGCGCGAGCAAUAGAGAAAGAGAAAGAGAGAGAGAGAAAUAACAGGCUAGAGAGUGGCGUGGUGCACCAGGACGGUGUGGUGCGCGUUGUGAGAUGUCAGUUGACCAUCAGUCGAAGACAUCCACGUUGUCGUCGUCGUCGUCGUCGUCGUCGUCGUCGUCUUCGUCGUUGUCGUCGUCGUCAUCAUGAGGAGAUCCUCUUACGUCAACUAUUACGUCCUGUGCCUCGUCUGUUGGAUCCUUUUGGGUAUUACCGGUGUGAGCACCAGAUCGCAUUCCUUGGUGAAGAGGUUCGACGGGAUUUACACGGGUCCGUAUUUCGACUCGAACUCACCGACGAACAUAACGGCGCAACUAGGCUCUCAUGCGUACCUACCGUGCAAAGUGCGACAGCUCGGUAACAAAUCGGUCUCGUGGAUCAGGAGAAGAGACUCGCACAUACUCUCCGUGGAUAGGACCAUGUUCAUCCCCGACGAGAGGUUCCAGGCGAUCUUCGCGGACGCGUCGGACACUUGGACGUUGCAGGUGAAAUACGUCCAGGCACGGGACGAGGGCGAAUACGAGUGCCAAAUCUCGACGGAUCCGAAGAAGAGUCACAUUAUCAAGCUCAACAUCGUCGUGCCAAAAAUCGAGAUCCUGGGAGACCGGGACAUGUACGUGAAAACUGGAAGCACGGUCGCAAUACGUUGCAUGAUAAAGCAAUCUCUCGAGGGGCCGUUCUAUGUCUUCUGGUAUCACGAGGGCGAUCGCGUUCUCAAUUAUCAGCAGGGUAAGAUCGACAUCCAGACUAAAAGGAUCGAUCACGAUACGGUUAGCAGUCUCGUGAUUCGCAACGCCAGGCGGGAAGACUCUGGUAAUUACACCUGCAGUCCGAGUAAUUUGGACAGUGCCAGCGUGCAACUUCAUGUUCUGAAUGGAGAACAUCCAGCGGCGAUCCAAAGAGGAAUCAGCUCGGCUCCUGGCGGUUGUCAUACGUUUUGGUGGUUCGUAGGAGUGGUCACGCUCUACUCGAGUCACGGAAGUCGAAACUACAUCCUUCUCCUCCUGGCCGUCAUGGUCCUUUACUCGAAAAAUCCAUCUUACUUCACGCCGGAACGAUAAUCAGGAUCAUCGGGAAGGACCAAGCACGAACGAGCGAGCGAGCUAGCGAGCUAGCGAGCGUGCGCGCGAGAAUCGAUUAUCUUCGGCCAUGAAACGCUGUGUCUCUUAACCUCACGUCGAAGGGAUUUCUCGGGAAGGAGAAAGAGAGAGAGAGAGAGAGAGAAAGAGAGAGGGAGAGGGGGGAGAGAGAGAGAGGGAGAGAUAGGAAUAAAGAUUUCCAUCGAUCGUUCGAUAUCGAGAAGAUGCUUGAAAAGCGUUAAAGUUAGGAUGUGACAAGAAUUCGAAGAGAAGAACAGGGUCGAGAGAAUCGAAAACUUCUGUACGAACACGCGAGAGAGGAAAAAAAGGACGAGAGUCGACGAGUUCGGAGAAGAACGAUCAUCGUUUCUAAAUCGUCGCUGAAGACUGACCGCUAAUUUUUUUUUUUUGCAAGCGAGCCGAAAGGAUAAUCGGAGAGUGGGAGAUAUUAGUCGUUGAUCGUUCGUUGAAGUGGCGAUUCAUUCGAGGAAUAAUGGUCUAAAAAAUGAAAAAGGAUAAAAAAGAAAAAGAAAAGGAAAAAAAAAGAGCGAACAAUCUUGGUACCGAGAUAUUGCAUAUUUAUAGCGUAAACCUUUGAAGUUACAGUCUUGUCAAUCGAUCAGCAAUAUCAAGGUCCAAAAUUCUUUCCGCGGGAUGAAAUUCUAAAAUUAUUAGAGAUGCAUUUCGUCUAUCGAGACAGUAUGAUCCGGCCGUUAGUAUCUUAGGUAUUAGAUAACUCGUGACGAUUUUUCGUUGGAUUCGCGCGAGUUUCUCGAGCAGGCCGUGACUUCUCACGGCCGGCUACCUUGUAUACGAGAACGUAUUACGCGAGGAUCGUGACCAAUUUCGUUAUUUCAAUAAACGACGGAUGGAGUAGAAGCCUACGUUCUAUUUUUAAAGAAUAUACGAACGAAGAAAGAAGCUAAAUUCAGCAACGAAAAAUUAUAUAUCUGCGAAGCGAACCGAUGGCACAACGAUCAUUAUUAUUUCCUUUGCUUCAGACGCUAUACUAUAUCACGAUCUUCCCGUUUUCGUGCUCCCGUAUUUGUGGAGAAAGUUCAAAGAAAUAA